GUUAUCCCCUCUUUCUCAUCUCUCUCUCUUUCUCAUCUCUCUCUCUCUCUUAAGCGCUCCGAUUUUAUUCUCUCGCAAUAAAAAAAUAAAAAUCUCGAAACUUUUGAAUUUUUUUUUCACCCUCGACUAUUUUUUUUUUUGAUUUGACUGUUUUACGGGACAGUCAAAUAUUUCAAUUUUUUUAAUUGGGUGCUGACGUGGCAUGCAUCCAAUAGAGAAGCACCAUGAACACCAAAACUAUGCGUCUUCCCCCACGUCGUGUUCUAACGGCGGAUAAACGCAAAGAAAGAGACGGCGCCAUCUCCUCCGUCACUGAUAAACCGCCGGAAAUCUCCGUGAAGAAGCUUCCUCCACCGCCGGUUAACCCCAUUUCCAGGAAACCUACAACCGCAGGAGCCGAGCCGGUCGGCUCGAACCAGCUGAUGUUAGCCGGCUAUCUGAGCCACGAGUUCCUAACCAACGGCACACUCUUCGGAGAGCAAUGGAACCCGGCUCGAGCCCAGUCAGUCGAUCAAAGGAAGGUGAAGCCGAGCCGUAGUAUCGAGACGGCUGAGGAAAGUGAGCCGAAACGGAAGAGGUACAUGGAGGUUACAAAUCUUCUCCGGUCAGAUGGGGCCUACCUGCCCGGUAUCGUCAAUCCUGCCCAGCUUGCCCGAUUUCUCAAACUCUGAUCGGCGUAGUCCGGCGUCCACGUGGAGUCAGAUCAUUGGUUUGUCGCCCGGCAAGCGAGACAGCCAUAAAACCGAAACCUUUCUCUCUCUNUUUUUUUUUUUUUUUUUUUUUUUUUUUUUAAAUCGUCUCUCUGUGUAAAGCUCUCUCUGUCUUCUCUCCUCUCAUCUUCUUCCUCGGAAAUUGACUGAGAAAGUUUUAGGGUUUGUUGUUUGAGGUAGAUGGUUCCGUUCUUUUUUGUACAUCAGAAAUAUCAAUUAGUCAAUGGAAUUAUAUAUUCUCUCAAAUCAGAAAGAUUGAAACUGUAAAUUAUUUAACUUUUCUUGUGUUCUUUGAUGGAUCCACAGUGGAUCUUUUAUCAAUUUGAUCGGAGAUCGUAUUUGAUUUAUACAUGACAAGAAUUAAAAUUCAAAUCUUGAUAACUUCUUUUUUUUUUUUCUCUUAUAAAAAUCUGAACUUGGUCGAUUGAUCUUAGACAUCGAAUGCAGUUUUAAGGAGAUUUCAAUCUCCGGCUCUGGGAAAACAAAAAA